CAGCCGCACGCACCGGGGCACGAUGCUUCCAAACACCUGGAUGGAUGUGGAGGAGGCAGUUUGUGGCACUUGUGCCUUUGGAGUUCCGUCUUAGCGCGUCUUGUGUUGGGAACGAGAUGUUCUGGAUGUAUUUUCUCCGGAGAUUUUAAAGUGCAGAGAGAAAGAAACGGCCAGUCAGCUGUAACCAUGUGGAGAGAGGACUCUUGAUGGAAGCACUGGGGACGAACAGCCACUCUAACAGGGAGAACCCUUAUCUGCGAUUUGUUUUGGAACAAAAAAGAAACCCAGGAUCCUUCGAUGAGGAAAAACACAGAGGAGAGAUGGUAGAGAAUGGCUGCACCUGACCUUCUUGACCCAAAGUCUGCUGCCCACAACUCCAAGCCUCGGCUCUCCUUCUCAGCCAAACCGGUGGUUCUGAAUACUCCAGAGGACGAGUGUGACACCCGCACUACUGUGAUGAGGUGGAAAACUGUGUCAGCCAUCUUCUUCCUGGUGGUGCUCUACCUCAUCAUUGGAGCGACAGUGUUCAAAGCGCUGGAGCAGCCUCACGAGAGUUCCCAGAAACUGGCCAUUCUCGUGGAAAAACUGGACUUCCUGGCCAUGCACUCCUGUGUGAACUCCUCUGAACUGGAAGAUCUGGUGAAGCAAGUGGUUUCAGCAGUUCGAGCAGGUGUGAAUCCAUCCGGAAAUUCCUCCAAUCAGACAAGCCUGUGGGACCUCAGCUCCUCGUUUUUCUUUGCUGGAACUGUUAUCACCACAAUUGGAUUCGGGAACAUCUCUCCUCACACCGAAGGAGGACGGAUCUUCUGCAUCAUCUACGCUCUGCUGGGGAUUCCUUUGUUUGGAUUCCUAUUGGCUGGUGUCGGGGACCAGUUGGGGACGAUUUUUGGCAAGGGCAUCGCCAGAGUGGAGAAGAUGAUUGUGAAAUGGCAAGUCAGCCAAACGAAGAUCCGAGUCAUCUCCACGCUGCUUUUCAUCCUGUUCGGGUGCCUCAUCUUUGUGGCCCUGCCAGCUGUUAUCUUCAAGCACAUCGAAGGCUGGAGCACCCUCGAGUCCAUCUACUUUGUUGUCAUCACCCUCACCACCAUCGGCUUUGGAGACUUUGUUGCCGGUGAAAAAGGUGGGACAGAGGGUCUCGAGUACCUGGACUACUAUAAACCCGUGGUGUGGUUCUGGAUCCUGGUGGGCCUCGCUUACUUUGCGGCUGUGCUCAGUAUGAUCGGAGACUGGUUCCGGGUCAUCUCCAAGAAAACGAAGGAGGAGGUCGGGGAGUUUCGGGCUCAUGCAGCCGAGUGGACAGCGAAUGUGUCAGCAGAGUUCAAAGAGACCCGGCGGCGGCUCAGUGUUGACAUCUAUGACAAGUUCCAGCGCGCUGCGUCCAUGAAGCGCAAGCUGUCAUCCGAGCUAGGUGUGAAUGCAUCCAUGAACCAGGAAAUGACCCCUGGCAAGAGGACGCUGUCGGCCAACCUGUGUGAGAACAGGGAUAGUUACCCCAACUUGACUCUUUCCCUCAGUCCUGUGUCGGGGGCCCUGACUCGGAACGGCAGCCUCUACCUGAAUGGCCUCAGCCCAGACUACGCUGACCGGCGGGAGAUCGCCAUCAUCGAAAAUCUCAAAUGAGGAGGAGCAUGACAUAUUAACACUUAAUACACACCUCUGUGCUUACUGACUGAGUCAAACACAGAUCAGUCGUCAUCCUCUGUACUUUCUUGUGCAUGUACACAGCUCCUUGUCAUAGCAUCCAUGUUGAUAUGAUGGACAGCUGUGCUAGUGACUGAGCAGCAGCAGAAGCAUAUUUCUGACUGGAAAAGGCUGGAGUUCCACAAACUUCUGUCUGUGCAUGACUUUGAUUAAAGCCCAUCUUUGAGGUAGCGGCACACUGGAUACAAUCCUCUCAUAAAAGCCACAUAAAGGCCUGUAAACACAGAAAUAAAGACAUUCAUGAAACUUAGAAAGCAAUAGACAUAUAUGUACUCCUCACCAGAGGCCCUGAAAUCUGCAUCAGAUAAAGAGGACCCUCAGAAUGUGUCUUUUCCUUUAGGUUUAAAACUUCUCACUGUAUAAAUCUGUAUGCCUUCUUGCAUUCACCACACAAUCUGCUCUCACUGAAGACAUGAAUGUUGACAUUCUUCUUCCUCCAUGACUGACAUUCAGCUUUUCACCCCAAGGAAUAUCCCACUUGUGCCUUACUGAAUUCUGUGCUGUGUCAGCGAAGAUGAAGAUGCGUUAACGGCAUCUCAUACAUGCACAGUAGUGAUGAAGACACACUGUAUGUUGUGCGAUGUAUCUUUAUUGGAAACAGCAUUGAAUCUUUUCAAGAGGAAGUGACUUUCAUCACAAAAGAGUAAUUCAUUCAUUAAUAACAGAGAAAAGAUGCCACCUCUCUGUCUGCCGGUGAAUUUUAAUUUGUCACUACUUGUUUUUGACGUGCUGGGAUUAUCAUGUCAACCACGCGGUGCCACACUCUUUGUUCAAACCCUAAUCUGUGCCAUCCCAAAGUAAUGCAAAUGAAAAGAAUCUCAAUCCAAGUCCUCAAAAAUGCAUCAAAAUGGUGUAAUUUCUUCCAGUUACAAAGGCAUUUGCUGCUAUGGUAACAUAGUGCAUUGAAAGCUGUGGAACUGUGCAGCAUAAAUUUACCUGACUGAUUUUCUUGAUGUUGGGAGUUGGGGAAUAUUAUUUCUACAGAUAAAAGGUGGGCAUCAUUAAGUCUUGCCAAUACUGAAUGUAAAAACCUACAUAUCACUGACCCACUUAUCAAGAUAAUUACAUAUCUAUGAGUUACAUCUUUUAGAUAUCGAGGAACCAAUUUACUGAACCCCCCUCUGCAUCUGAAUGUGUUGAUUAAGAUUAUGCAAAUGGAAAGAAUCUCAAUCUAAAUCCUUAUAUCAAAUAUUUAUUUAGACUGCAGUAUUUGAGGUGUUCUCAUUUAAUAUAUUUUUGAAAGAUGGAUUGCAUUUGAUGCCAAAAAUUCUGUAACAUUGAAUACAAUACAAUUAAAAGUGCUGUUUUCUGUUUGUAGCAUUAUAGAGUACAUACAAAAUACAGAGUAUCUCACAAGACAGUAUUUCAUGCGUCUGAAAGUAUGGGUUAUUACGUCAAAUAAAACAGUAUCAGAUAAUGAUUCGUACUGGUUGCACCUAAUAAAUUAGGCUUUCCAUUAAUAUAACUAUGUACACUCAGACUGAAUAGAAACUUGAUUGAUUGGAUAAACUUUAUCUAUUAGGUAAAAUAUCACAAAAAUAAUAUAAAAUACAUUUAAAUUCAAAUUACAAUAUUUUUAUCCUAAAUUAUCAAUAAGAUAAAGUGGAUUUAUAAUUAAUCUUAAGCACCCUGUAUUUCUGCAUGCAUUCUUAUAAAUAAAUGCAAUAAAAUGAUAGUUACACAUUUGGUCACACUUUAGA